AUGUAUGAUAAUAUGGGAGAGUAUUCGAAAGCACUUCCAUUUCAUGAAAAAGCAUUUCAAAUCCGUCAAAAAACACUUCCACCAAACCAUCCUGAUUUGGCUAAUUCAUACAACAAUAUUGGUGCUUGGCAUAAAAUGACGAAACAGUAUCCGAAAGCACUUUUGUUUUACGAAAAAUCACUUCAAAUCCGUGAAAAAGUACUCCCUCCAAAUCAUCCUCAUUUGGCUUCAUUAUACGCUGACAUUAGUCUGGUGUAUGUUCAAAUGGAAGACUACUCGAUGGCGUACUCGUUCUCUCAACGUUCAUUCGAUAUUCGACAGUGUUCGUUACCUUCCGACCAUCCUGAUCUUAAAGUGCACAGGGAACUUGUCGAAGCUCUACGAGAUAAAUGUAAAUAA